AUGAGAUUAAGUAAAAUAUUAAACCUUGUAACAGCUUUAUUCUUUGGAGUGUCACUUUCCUUAUCAAUUGAAAGACAAAUAAAGCUAGGAUUGAACUUUGAUGGAAACCUAAGUUUGACAUUAGCCUUUGAAGAGGAUUAAAGUGAUAAUGACCCUGAGAUAAAUUUGUCAACAAAAUAGAAUUAAACUAUUCUAACUAAAGAUGUGACUGUUGAAUAAAACGAUAUCAACAUUAAUAAAGCAAAUUUGAUUCACUAAGAUGAUGAUGGAUAAGAUUAAUCUUUAAGUACAUUUCUUGAUCAUGUAUAAGAUAUUGAUCCUAAUAUUAACGUUGGUAUUAAUGGUGGUUCUAGCAAUAAUAAUGAAAACACUCAUGGAAUUGUGUCAAAUGGGACUAAUUAAUCGGUGAUAGUUGUUAGAAAAAUACCUGCUUCCGCAAAAAUUUUUGUGAAGGCUUAAACUGAUGGCAAAAUCGUUAAUUAAUAGUAACUAAAUACAUUUAAAGAACAAUAAGGCUUCAAUAAAGAUCUAUAUUUGAAUAAAGUCUACAAAUUAAUGGUAACUUUAAUGAGGUAAAGAGAAUUAAACGAUAAGAUAAAACAGAUUUAUGAUUAGCUACUUGAAUACGAAGACUCUGAUUCUAAUGAUAAUUAAUGA